CAGCCUCUCCCCAGACCGGGCGGUCCCAUCUGCCGCGGCCUCCGUCUCCCGGCCGGUAGCUGCCGAGGGCCUGGGACGCGCGUGACUCGUAUCUGCAGGUGCCAAGGGUGUGCCACCACCUCGAAGCCGCGGCGCGGAAGGGGACGCCGCAGCCGCAGAGACAGUGCCCUCGCUUUCUCUUGGUUGUGAUCGCGGUCUGCCCAGGAGACGCCCCGCGACCGGCGCGAUGAGUGCCAACGAGGACCAGGAGAUGGAACUAGAGGCAUUACGUUCUAUUUAUGAAGGAGAUGAAAGUUUCCGGGAAUUAAGUCCAGUGUCCUUUCAGUAUCGGAUAGGUGAAAAUGGUGAUCCCAAAGCCUUCUUAAUAGAGAUUUCCUGGACAGAAACAUAUCCCCAGACACCUCCAAUUAUAUCUAUGAAUGCUUUUUUUAACAACACCAUAUCGUCUGCGGUAAAGCAGAGCAUCUUAGCCAAGUUACAGGAGGCAGUAGAGGUUAACCUGGGAACCGCGAUGACCUACACGUUGUUCGAAUAUGCCAAGGACAACAAAGAGCAGUUCAUGGAGAACCACCAUCCCGUCCAUUCUACAACAUCCACAAGCAAUAUUAUCUCAGUUGAGACUCCUAAUACAGCCCCAAGUAAGAAAAAAGACAAAAAAGAACAACUUUCAAAAGCCCAGAAACGGAAGCUGGCAGAUAAAACAGAUCACAAAGGGGAACUUCCUCGAGGCUGGAACUGGGUUGAUGUCGUGAAGCACUUAAGCAAAACUGGCUCUAAAGAUGAUGAGUAAUGCUUGGAAUUUGAGAUGCGGAAAGAUCGUCCUUUAUGAAGUAAACUGGGUUCAAAAUCUUUCAUGGCUAUUUUCUGGUACGGAGGUGACUUUUUAUAAAACAUAUUUUUUUUGUAUGUUUCUUACACAAAUGAUGUUGUGAGCUGCAAGUUCAUGAAAAGAUCUGAUUGAAUUAAAUUAUUUUCACAAACUUGCCUUAAUAAAAGGUGAAAGUGUUACUAUCGAAUAUACUUUAUGAAGCUUGUUGAACUUUGUAGAUGGGCAAAUAUGGGGAAUACUUCAUCAGUGUUGAUUUAUAUGAUCUUAUUCUAGCGGAUGUGAUAUUUUUUUAAGAGUCUAAAGCCCUUUUCGUACUGUUGUCCCAGUGGACUAAACCUUUGAGUGAACAGUUGUUUUUAGCAUAAUUCAUCUUAAUUGGCUUCUCAUCUUAAAUAAAGUCUUUAUCCCUUCUUUCACUUAAUUACUGAAGCAUAUAUUGUUUCAGAGAAAUUUCAGUACUAGUAUUUGAACUUUAUACAUGAUAUUGUUUGUAGUUCCUUUUUAUUUUUCAAGUAUGAACUGUUUCCCUUUAAUGAAUUGAUGGCUAUUUAUACGAGUCUCUUGAUUUGGGCCAAGAUAUUUGAUCAUGACAGCUUUCAGUAAUAUGGGGAGUCGGAGAAUAUAAAGAGAAAUUCACCAAAUAUAUCAGAAAGCAUUUGAAUGAGAAGUGCUGGCUUUUAUUGAAACUGUUUCUCUUUGCUAGGGUGGGAAGAAAAGAUGCCUUACUAUUUAAUUUUUGUACUGUUGGAUACAGCAAUUUUAAUAAAUUUUUAUUUAUCUG